AGUAAGUAAUACAGGAUAUUUAGUAUUUGGCCUUUAGAAUCAAAAUUUCAAUUACACCCAUGACCCAUUUGAAAGCGCUAGACUUCCCCUUUCUUCUUUACUCUUUAGAAAACAUCAUGCAUAUCUUCUACCUCUAUGUCAAUUUCCGGCGUUGCUGAGCACUAGCAAAGUAGCUGUAGAGGAUUGGAGCUGCAAUUACAUUCACUCUACUUCUCAAGGAUCAGCUCACGUUAAGCAACUCAGACAAGGAAUUUUUGGAGGAAGAAACUGGGAGGUUAAAAGAGGAACUCGAGAUAUCAUGGGGUGAGGGGUUUAUGUUGUUGGACAAUUUGGAAAGCAAGGAGUUGGUGCUUCAGAGUUCAUCUUCGUUAAUAUAAUAGAGAAACUAAGGAGUCUAUUUCAUGCAUGGGAUUGGAAUAUCAAUGUGAGAUUGAGAGCUUGAAGCUUGAUCUAACAGCAUUGGAUCAAAAUUGCCUUAAACAUAAAAAGUCGCAAGAGCAGACAGCUCAAGGAAAUGCAUCGUUUCAUGAUUUUCAGCUUCGCUUCCAUAUUGAAUAUUUGGAGAAGGAGAAUGCAACUCUUAAGGAACAACUUCAAACAUGUGAAAAGAACGUCAAAGUGUUUUGCCAAAAUGUGGAAGAGCAAUUUCGAGAAUGGAUAAUUACUGUGAAGAAUUCAAUUCCUAGCUUACAUGAAACUUCCUCCAUGUGCAAGUAUGUCGUUGGGAAGUUUCCUCACACCAAGGAACCACCUUUCUCACACUUCCACUGAAGCUUCCUCCUAGCUUCAACACACCUUCCUUCCACCUUCUUAGUACCUAGUUUUGGUGCUAUAAAUAGAGAGCUUGUAGAGUCUUUCUAUCAUCAAGUAAAUUAGAAUAGAUCAUCAUAGUACAACCAAGUUUGAGUUGUGAAUAUCCUUGAGAGAUAUGUGAGGUGUUUUUGAGAGUUUUUAGUUAGAGCUUGUAUGUCUCUUCUUUCUAUUCUUGAAAGUAAUAGAAGAGUUUUUCUCUCAUAUUAGCACGAUCCUGUUAUUCCCAACAAGUGGUAUCAGAGCCUGGUUGAGCUUUUGAUAUUUUUCCCAGAAUUUUUCCAAACAUAAUUCUACUGUCUGAAAAAAAUCGAGUUUUUCAGUAUUGCUCGGAAUUGCAAUCUGAAUAUACCGUUGGAUUCGUCUCGUUGAGACGAGAAAACUGGUAUUUUUUUGGCCACCGGAAGCUGCCGUACGCACCGCCAAACGCUGGCGAAAAACUGCCUGCGUCAUCACGCGCAGUACGUGCAGUCCAGAGGUAGAAGACGGAUGACGUCAUCACUGACGUCAUCAGCCAGCCAGAGCUGCGUCAGCGGCACGAGUGCAGUCCCAGCACAGUCAGCCGCCACUUCAUCAGUCCAUUGCCAUCUUUCACUAGAGUCCAGUCAGCUGCCACGUCAUCACCACAUCACUGCCACGUCACCUGUCACGUCACCGGUCAGUUUUUAAAUUUUGAAAAAUUGCAGUCUAGUCCCUCAAUUUUUGAAAAAUUAUAAUUUCGGCCUAUAAUUUUUUCGAAAAUUGUAUUUUGACCCCGAAAGUGCUUACCCACCAUUUUUCGGCCGUUCCGGACGCAACGGUGCUGCCCGUUUUUUGACAUUCUGCUCCGAUUUUUCUCAAACAGAAAAUCCAAAUUAUUUAGAAGGUGAAAAUAACCUUUGACGAGUCAACUUUAUCUUCCGGAGCUAUGAUUAUGUUCACGGCUACCAAUUACACGCUAUGGAAACCUCGGAUGGAAGAUUUCCUUAGCUGCAAAGAACUUUUUGAUCUAAUAGAGAUGAAAG